UCCUGAGUCGUCAGUCUGUAUUCAAAAUUGGCUGUAAAAUGUCGGUAAUAAUAAAUAGUGUAUUGGUUUUAAUAUGUAUGUUUCAGUUAGUGUCUUCUGCCAUAAUGAACGGACCAGUUCCUAUGUCUCCUAACCAGUACGAAUUGAAACGUGCAGAAUUUUUGAAAAAUGAACAAGAAAAUAGUGUCGGAGGUACCUUGGAAUUGAGUGAAGAUGAGGUAAAAGCCAAUGCGACUUUGAUGGGUUUAAAAAAACAGGAAUUGGAAGAAGGUUUUAAGGAUCCUGCACGUUUUCCGCCGGCAAGGAGUUUCUUGGAAUCAGUUAAUGAUGUUAGGAAUUCUGCAGUUUUUGGUUUGCUUAAGAAAAUGCCUAAGGGUGCUGUUUUGCACGGACACGAUACCGCAUUGGUUAGUAUAGAUUUUGUUAUUAAAAACAUCACGUAUCGGCCAAAUCUUUAUGCAAAAUUACGACAAGACACCACGGGAUCCAACCAAAUUCUUGAAGAAUUAAAAUUUUUCCCCAAACAACCCGAUGAUGGGCUUUGGAAAAGCGUUGCACAAAUAAGACAGACUGAAGGUAUUCUAGAAACUGAUGAUUGGUUAAAAAUGCAGUUGACUUUAGGCCAUCAGGAUGUAGGUCUUGACGUCAACGCUGUUUGGACCAGAUUUGGUGGCAUUUUCGGUAAAAUCACACCAAUGUUAACCUACGAACCAGUCUGGACAGACUACUUCUACCAAAGUUUAAAAGAAUUUCACGAAGACAACAUAAACUACAUAGAAUUCCGCGGUACCUUACCCAACGUAUACAGACUAGACGGUACGGAACUCAAAGAAAAAGAAGUUUGCCAACUUUAUGUAGACACUUUAAACAAAUUCAAAAAUCAACAUCCAACUUUUUUCGGCGCCAGAUUCAUUUACGCCCCUCACCGUUUAGUAAACAAUCAACAAUUUCUGGAAUAUGCCAGGAUUGCACGGGAUUUAAAAAAUGCUUUCCCGGAUUUUGUGGCUGGAUUUGACCUUGUUGGACAGGAAGAUUUGGGAGAAACUCUACACUCGUUUUCGACAGAGUUGGAAGAAAUGCAGAGUGAGAUGAAUUUCUAUUUUCAUGCCGGUGAAACUGAUUGGAAUGGAUUUUCGACGGAUAAUAAUUUGGUAGACGCCGUGCUUCUGGGAACUAAAAGAAUAGGACAUGGUUAUGCUUUGCUGAAACAUCCCCAGGUAGCUCGAACUGUUAAGAAUAACCAAAUUGGCAUCGAGGUCUGUCCGAUAUCAAAUCAGGUUCUGGGUUUAGUAAGCGAUUUGAGGAAUCAUCCUGGAAGUUAUCUAUUAACAAAUAAUUAUCCGGUCGUUAUCGCUCCGGAUGAUCCCGGAUUCUGGGGCGCCCAGGGAGCUUCUUAUGACUGGUAUGAAGCGUUCAUGGGACUAGCAGCCAAAUGGCAGGAUCUGCGUUUAUUGAAACAAUUAGCAAUUAACUCCAUUAACUAUUCUUCUUUGGAAGGGCAGAAAAAACAGGAGCUCAUGCGAGAUUGGGAAAAGAGAUGGGAGAAAUUCGUCGAUGAUGUAAAUAAUGGAAGUUUCAAUAUGAGAAUCGAUUAUGAAUUAAACCUAGAGAUAAACUUACAUGCUUCAGUUAGUGGCGCCUCUGGCGAAGUGCGGAAACAAUUAAAAUUGAAGUAA